UGCCAAGUCACAGCACGCAGAUCGUGUGACGUCAGUUGAUCAGUGAGACCAGCAGACCAAAAUGCCGGUUCAUCACUCCAGUCUUCUCGGAUCGCAAACUGGCAACUUCUUACUGGUUUCGUUUUCCGUAGAAAUCAUCCAUCCGUCUGCAUACAUAUUAAUAUACUUAUACCAUUGUUGGAGAUAUGUCCAAGGCAGACGAGAGAUCAACUUCAAUGACUCGCUGCACUGCAGACUUUUGCUUGAUUCCAAUUGGCGGUGAGGACGGUGCAAGCGUUGGAAAAUACAUUACUGAAUGUCAAAGGGUCUUGGCUAAAACCGGCCUAGAAUACAAAAUGCACGGGUACGGAACUGGGCUCGAAGGGCCUUGGGAUGAAGUCAUGAAUGCAAUCAAAGCAUGCCAUGAAGCUGUCCACAAGAUGGGCUGUCCUCGCGUUGCAACCGACAUCAGAAUCGGUACCAGAAUUGACAAGCCGAGCAGUCUAUCUCAAAAGGUCGAAAGCGUUGAGAAGCGUCCGGCCGCGAACAAUUUCGCGCACUAGCGACUUCAAAAAAACGUCCAGCAACUCAAUCAGCGUCUCUUCCAGACAACGUACAGUUUCUUGUCAGGGCAGCAUCUCGCCUCUGCGCGGCUUUUCUCUAUGGCCGGAAUUCAUAAACAUGACAAUUGCCAAAUCAAACCACAAGUCAACUUAUCAGAAGCUUUGUUAAACUACUAUGUGCUAUUAUACUGGUUAUACUAACCCUAACAACUCAAAAUAACCAAAUAUCUUGAGACAUACAUCCGAUUGUGCUCCUUCCAUCUUCGAUUUGUUUACUAUUUCCUUAAACGCAGAUGUUUAUUUUUGCUGCCAACCGUUUCAGUGCAUAAUCAUAAAUUUUAUCACGCUUACCGCAAUCAAAGCCAUUUGUUGAUGUGCUGUCAAUAUAAAUUUCCAUUUCAAGUGGGGAAGGUUUUCCUGUAAUCUGGUAUGCUAUAUAGUGGCCCACAUGAUGAAAUUACCAGGAGUGAUUGUUCAGG